AUGCUCUUUGAAAGACGAAUUAGUAAAAGUGCUAUUUCUCAACUUGAAGUUCGUCAAAAGAAAUAUAUUUCUUCGCUUGAAACACCUAAAAAUGUUCGUCUACAUUAUAUUGAAGAAACAAAUAAUAACAAUCAACAUCAUUCAAAAAUAUCCAGCCCACCGUCGCCUCCAUUAUCUCCUCAUCUACAAAAAUAUAAAACAUCGACUCAAGAAUCAACAAUAACAACAGACAAUAUUAAUCAAAUACCAACUAUAUCAAAACACAGUAAACUUCUUGUAACGGCAAUUGUAUUCAAUGACUCAUUGAUCUAUUUUGGUAUUUUUUUUAUAGAAACAACUACAACAACUACUACUGCAUCUACCGUGAAUGUUUCUGCAUAUUGGAGUUUCGAUAAUACAACAGACGAUUCAUAUGGUGUUUAUAACGGUCUUCUAAUAAAUAAUCCAUUGUUUACUACUGCGACUGCAACUAAUUUGCCUUAUGUAGGAAAUGGUCAAGCACUUACCUUUACUUCAGGAUCAAGUCAAUCAUUUGCAGUUUCGAGUCCAUUUUUCAACUUAAGCUACACAAGUUUUACAUUUGAAGCUUGGAUUUAUUAUUCAACGACUACUUCUGAUCGUGGCAUAUUUGGUCAAUGUCAAUGUUCAACCUGUACUAAUCAAUGUUUGUAUUUAAUUAUGCGAAAUAAUCGCUUGUACGUUGAUUUCACAUCGAAUUAUUUGUCUGGUUCCACGGCUAUUACAACUACUUAUUGGUAUCAUAUUGCAUUUGUUUACAAUUAUGAAACACGACAACAAAUAUUAUAUCUCAACGGAGUUCAAGACGCUAUCAAAUCAAAUGCACAACCUUAUCAAGGACAAAAUGGAAGUAUCCACAUUGGUUCAGCUCAAACCUAUUCGACCACAUGCUAUUAUCAGAGUUAUAUCGAUAAUGUAGCAUUGACAACAAGAGCAAAAUCUUCAGUUGAAAUUUUACGUGAUGCAUCCUUAAUGGCUUACUAUUCAUUUGAUUCACCAAAUCCAACUGUUGACAGUGGUCCGAAUGGAUUAGAUGGGAUAUCAAGUAAUACGGCGACAGUUAGUGGACGCGUCAAUCAGGCAAUGCGUUUUCUUGGAUCAUCAUCGUCCUAUUUCCGAGCUUACGGUCUUUAUCAGGUUCCUUAUGGCAUUAUUAUUAGCAAACCAUUUUCAAUGGCUUUGUGGAUAAAUCCAUCAUCACUCUACAAUAUCGCAAUUAUUCAGAUGUUUUCGUCAACUAUUAGUUUAUUUAGCUGUGAAACUUUGCUUGGCAUUUACUCAUCUAGUGGUAGUACAACAUCGGGACAGAUCAUUGUACACAACUUCAAUAACUAUGCAUCAUAUUUGACUGGUCCAUUUGUAACGCAAAAUAUAUGGACACACAUUUCAUUGACAUAUAGUGUUACAAAUGGAUACACAUUAUAUGUUAAUGGAGUUCUUUUUGGUUCAACUGGUACUGUGUCAUACGUGCAGAGCAGUACAUUAGCCUAUCUUUACAUAGGCUAUACGCUUAGUUGUUCUGGUAAUGCUGUUACUAGUUCUUAUCAAGGUUACAUUGAUGAACUCUAUAUUUACAAUCGAGAACUAUCACAAACAGACGUUACUAGUCUUGCUAAUCCGUGA